CGAUGUGGCUGCUGGCCGCUUGGGUGCUGCUCAGCGCCGUGGGCGCCGGUUCUGCCCAGUUGAUAUUUAGCGUGACAGAUGUUGUUGAAAGAACUGACUGUAAUAAAACUGUCAUUUUACCUUGCUAUGUGACUAAUCUAAAGGAGAACAAUGCAAAUGUCAUGUUUGUUACGUGGAAAAAACAAGGAAAAAUAAUUUUUUCUUUUGAUGGAGCAAGACGGGAGUUUUUCAGAGAUCCAGCGGUUCCGUCAGCUAACUUAGUUUCUCAAGCGGAUUUACCCAAGGGUUUUGCCUCUCUAAUGCUUAACAGUGCAGAAGCAGAUGUUGGAAAUUACAGUUGUGAAGUAACAGAAUCAAACAGAGAAGGAGAAACAAGAGUUGAACUUAGAAACCAGUCAGUUGUCAGUUGCGACGAGGAAAGUACCCCAACAGCCAAGGAAAAAUGUGGAUCAUGGUUUCUUCUAGUGGAAAGGGCUAUCAUCAUAGCAUUGCUGUUCUUAGUUAUUGUUUUGUGUUCGGCUCAGUUAAGUGUUAUUGCAUUAAAAUAUGAAAUUGCAUCUCAGAAGAAAAUCGGCAUUCUUGUAGCAGGUUUCAUCUUCACAGUUGCUGCUGUUGUAGGCACUAUUCUUUUUGUUCAAGAUGGCUAUACUGCACAGAAUCAAGCUGGUCUUGCCCUAAUUGUAGUCCCUGCUGUGAUUUUGGUACCGCUUCAAUACUUUAUGUUUGGAAUUGUUUUUGAGAGUCUACCACAAGCAACAUUUGCUCUGAUAGGUUUGCAGAUUCUUGGUUAUAUAAUUGCUGUGGUUGGUUUUGCACUGUGUGUCUCAGCCUGUCCUCCGUUACAUGGGUCUGUUGUGAUUGCUGGCUUAGCUAUUAUGGCUAUUGCAGAUUUGCUUAGUCUGGCUUACGUGUUUAUUAUGGGUUCCAGAAUGAAAGAUCAUCCUCGUCCAGGGAAAGCUGUAGAAGAACCACUAAAUGAUGCAAAAGGAGUGAUGUUAGAAUGAUGAACUGCAGAGCUAUGUGAUGUGUGAAAAGUACACCGUUGUUGAUACACCGUGGCCUUGAAGAUGC